CACUCUUCCGGUGUGGUUUCCGGUUAGCUGGCGCAUCUGCAGCAUCCGAAGCCGCAGACGAGAAUCGCCAUGAACAACACGCUCAUUUCUUCCUGAAUUUGAUUCUCUCUUAUUAAAAUCAAAUCACAUCCGUUCACCGUUCACCUGCAGGCCACCGACGGGAGCGCGCAGAUGAGAUGCGAAACGCGUCUGAGUGGGUUUUGCAGGAAUGCUAGCGUUAGCGCCUAGCUGAUUAUGUGUUGAAUUAAAAUUAUUAUUUUUUCAUCAAUCAAGAGACGAGUUAAUAUGAGUAUAGGCGUUUAACUCAUGAAAUUAUCCAUCAUUUUGAUUAAUAUCCGCAUGUCAUCUGUUUUUCUGUGAAAAGUGGGUGAUUUUUCAGAGGUUUUAAUGAACUGCACAGCUGGCUGAUGAUGGAGAGUUUGACUUUCAUCCAUCCAAACAGUAAUUUCUGUUCACUUCAUAUUUGAAGGUUCACUUUUCAACUGGGCUUGAAUGUUUACGUCGAUUUCAGCUGGAUUUAAAUAUUUAUAUCGUGAUAUGAGCCCGUGUCACUAGACACUAACAAACACAAUCAUAUCAGGCCAUCACAGGUUGAUGCUGUUUAUUUGGAUAUACUCAACUGUGAUGAUUUAAUUUAGUACAUAUACUGUUUACAUUCAUUUACUUGUACGUUUUUGUGGCUAUACGGUUCAUUUAAGCUGUGAUCAGCACCAGAGUUGGGCUGCGAGUCCAUGUUUGACAGUCACAGCUGAUCUAGACCUCUGGCACCAGAACAACCAACCCACUUCAGUUUCGUAUAGACUUGCAUAAGUGUUUAAGGGAUCUUUGAAACAUCAUGAAGAAGUUCUUUGACUCCCGGAGGGAGCUGGUGGGCUCUGGACCCGGUUCUGGAGGGGGAGCUGGAGGUUCUGGAUCCAGCAGUGGUGUUGGUGGGAAUUUCAUCGGACGGGCUUUCACUGUCGGAAGACACCAGGUCACUGUAGAAGAAACUUUGGCAGAAGGUGGCUUUGCAAUCGUCUUCUUAGUGCGGACUAAUCAGGGGGUGCGCUGUGCCCUAAAGAGGAUGUACGUCAACAACGAACACGACCUCCAGAUCUGCAAGCGUGAGAUCCAGAUCAUGCGGGAUCUCAACGGUCACAAGAACAUUGUUGGGUUUCUGGACUCCAGCAUCACAACUGUAGGAGGUGGAGACGUGUGGGAGGUGUUUAUCCUCAUGGACUUCUGCAGAGGUGGUCAGGUGGUAAACCUGAUGAACCAGCGUUUGCAGACGGGCUUCAGUGAACAGGAAGCACUCCAGAUAUUCUGUGACACGUGUGAGGCUGUGGCACGUCUCCACCAGUACAAAACUCCCAUAAUCCACCGAGACCUCAAGGUGGAAAACAUUCUGCUUCAUGACAGAGGACACUAUGUUCUUUGUGAUUUUGGCAGCGCCACCAUGAAGUUCCAGAACCCCCAGAGCGAAGGAGUGACUGUGGUCGAGGAUGAAAUUAAAAAGUACACAACCCUAUCCUAUCGCGCUCCUGAAAUGGUGAACCUGUACAACGGCAAAAUCAUCACCACUAAAGCAGAUAUCUGGGCAAUGGGCUGUCUGCUCUAUAAACUCUGUUUCUUCACAUUGCCCUUCGGUGAGAGUCAGGUGGCCAUUUGUGAUGGCAACUUCACCAUUCCAGACAAUUCCCGCUACUCACAGGACAUGCACCGUCUCAUCCGGUACAUGCUGGAACCAGACCCUGAUAAGAGGCCUGACAUUUAUCAGGUGUCCUACUUUGCUUUUAAACUGGCCCGGCGGGACUGCCCUGUCCAAAACAUCAAGAAUUCUCCCAUUCCUGCUAAACUUCCUGAGCCAAUCCGAGCGAGCGAAGCAGCCGCGAAGAAGAGCCAAACGCAGACCAAGGCGAGACUUACAGACCCCAUUCCCACCACUGAAACCUCUAUCACGCCACGCCAGCGGCCCAAAGCAGCACAAUCCCAGUCUCAGGCACUAGGAGGCAUCCUGCCCAUCCAGCCUGCUGCCCUGACCCCACGAAAGAGAGCCAACUUGCCUGCCGGAGCCUCCCAGCCAAUAGCUGUCAGUGUGAACUUGGCUCAGCCGGCUGCAGCACUUCAGUCUCAAAAAGCCCAGGCGUCUCCUGCUCCUCAGCAGAAAACGCCCGUGCAGCCGAUCCCAAUCACGGCUGCAGCAGGAGGCGGCGGCGUUCCAGUAGCAGCUGGUAGCCCUGCGCCUCAGAAAGCAGUAGCCACUCCGCCUCCAUCCAGCCCCGCCCCGCCCACCGCACCUGCACGGAGCGCCCGUCGUAAGCAGGCGUCGGCGGCUCAGCAGCAGCCGGUGCCCAUCCAGCCCACUACCACUCAGCCGGCUGGUGCCCCGCCUGCAGCACUAGCAGAGCCUGCAGCGAUGCCACCCACAGUUCAGCAGCCAGCGCCUCAAUCCCAAAUCAGCCCAGAGAAGGCAGAGGAGAGGCCUGUGACCCCUGGCCUGUCUCAGACUCCUCCCUCGUCCCCAAGGACGGCCCAGAAGGCGGGGCACAGACGCAUCCAGAGUGAUGUCACCCACAGUGCUAUGUUCGGAGUGCCGGUCAGCCAGUCCACUCAGCAGCUGCAGGCGGCCACAGCAGAAGCCAGCCUUAAUAAGUCAAAAUCAGCCAGCGCCACCCCUUCCAACUCUCCCCAGUCCUCCCAGCAGAGUGUGUACCAGCCUUCCCAGCAAGGCAGCGUUUCUGUCCCCCAAGCUCCUGCCUCAGCCGCUAGCCUGACAAGCCCCCCGGACCAGCCCACCUGGAAUCCCUUCGGUGAUGACAAUUUCUCCAAACUCACGGCUGAGGACCUGCUCAACAAAGACUUCACCAAGCUAGCUGACGAACCUGUUGAACCUCUGAUUGCUGCUACUGAGAGUCUUAUUCCUGGGCUGGAGGCUGCAGAACCUGCUCCUCCAUCUUCUGCUGAAAGACCUACUGACAUUCUGGGCUUGGAACCGGGAGCUGGUUUGCUAGCUGUGCCAGAGAAGCUGAUAGAGGGCCUGAAGUCUCCAGAUACCUCUCUUAUGCUGCCUGAUCUGCUGUCCAUGGCCGACCCCUUCGGCAGCUCCAUGGACGACACCAGAGAUGUCAAAACAGAUGUGUGUUUGGACUCUCUGAUUCCUGGCUUGGAGCCCCCUCAGGCUCAGCUGCACCCUGUGGAGGCUGAACCAUUAUCAUCAGCACUGGCAGACCCUUUGAUUGGCGAGGACUCCCUGCUUGGCUGUUCUCUCCCCUCUGGCUCCGCCUCCUGUCUGGAUGACUUUGCACCUGUCUCAGGAGGCUCCUCCCAGAACAUACCAGCUGCAGACUCCUGUUUGAUCUCAGGCUUUGAGCCUUCGAGCGCUGAGACAGCCAAUGAAGAUGAAUUUGACCCCAUACCAGUUCUGGUCUCCAAAAACUCCCAAGGAGGUCACUCUCGCAGUAACAGUGGCAGCUCUGAGUCCAGCCUGCCCAACCUGGCCCGUUCCCUGCUGCUGGUGGACCAGCUCAUCGACCUCUAGACCGUACAGAUAAUUCCUGCUGUGCUGAAGAUGACGCCAACCGCUGUAGUCUUCUGCCUUUAACUAUGAAUCCCUCCUGCUAUCCUUUGUCCCAUCCUCCGCCUUCUAUCAUGGUCCAUUUCCUUCUUUAAUAAGUUCUUCGUCAUUCCAUUCUUCCUGCUCAUCACAUCAUCUGUUUUAUGUUCUUUCCCUGUCGCUUUAUUCCAUCAGUUCUUGUCGUCAUCAACAUCAUCAUCGCUCAUUUGAUUUGACGUACUCAGCAUUCCUACCCUGCACCAUGCCAUUUAUCUCCCUGAUGAGUUUAUGUUCGACUUUUUUCUUUCGAGUCUAGUGAGACCUUUUUCUACAGGCUCAAAAUCCGUUUUUCUCUGGCAUCCAUAUCUGUGCUCCCUUUGGACACGCAUACAUGACCGUCACGCAUUUCAUCUGCCUCACAGUCAAGAGUGCAAGCUUCAAACAUCAGAUGUUUGCCGAAUCCUCCUCCUCUUCAGUGUUUAGCUGUGUAUUCAGUGGCACUCAGGAAGCUUGUCUCCAGACACACAUGGGUUUUAGACUCAUGCAGUUGGUUCCUUCCAGACAGAAAUUAAAGUACAAGGGAACCAAAUGUUUACAGACAGGAAUAUUUUUGCUGGAUGUUUACAGACCUGCAGGUAGGCAAGCACAGCUUGUAAGAAUUUAUCUUCAUCCAGACUGAGCGCAUGGUACGAAAAGGUCUUAACACUUCAUGUAGAACUGACUAGAAGCUCCUCAUUGGUACCUAUUUUCACCAUCUCAUGACCUCCAGACCAUCAUUUCUCUGUUAUUUCUUUGUAAAUAGCUCUAUUGAUGUUGUACGUUGGCUCGAAGCAAUGUAAAUUGUUGUAUAUCUGCAGUAUUCGACUCUCCUGCCCUCAAAAGUGAUUCGUUCCUCCUGUGUAUAAAGCAUCUGGUCCAAAUGUCCACCAAUUCCUUCAGAGAUCCCCGUCUCACCCCAUAGUAUACAUUGAGAAUAAUUUAAAAGAAAUAUUUCAUAUAAGGUUAAGAUUAUAUGUGAAUAUGAAUAGAGUGUUAGAGAAUGAAUGUAUGAAUCGAGUAUCCAUAUAUAAAUGCAGAUAUGUGUAUAUGAAACCUAUUUAAGAGGAAACUUUAUCUCUUUGUUCUGUGUGUUGAGACGUGUUUGCGAAUGUAAAUUGUCGGUUUCAUCUUCAACGGCCAUUGCUAUGAAGUCAGCUAAGAAAAGAGGACAAUCUUGAAGCAUCGUGACACGGUUUGACGCCAUUUGCAAGCAAAUCGGCUGGAUUUGUUUUCGGUUCUCAUUGCCUUUUAUUCUCAGACAUUUAUUAUCAACAAAAACAAGGCUGUAGUCUUGAGGAAAAUCCUCAACGCUGUACGUAUACCAUUUCCUCCUCUGAACUACCGCCCGAUGCCAUGCUUUCUUGCACAGUUCUUGUGAAUCAGACGCAUAUCGAAGCAUGGCAGCGUUUAUGAAUAUGAAGUUAAGACAUGUCUGUGGCCAAUCUUCAUAUCAGUACUGUACGUAUGUGUGUGCGUGUAUGUGUGGACGUGAGGUAAAUAAAUAGAUAGUCUUAGUUGUUGAAAGUGGUGAGGUCGUUUUGUCUUUGACAUGGUUUAUCUGCUUCGUUCGGACAGCUGGACCCGCAGCAAGCACCUCUGGUUCAAGCACAGGUUCUGCUCGUUCACUGAGAGUCAUUAGACAUUGAAGUACCUGAUUGAGAGCAGGGAAAAUGCUCGCUGUAGUGCUGUGUGAAGAGCAGAAUCCCAAUCAGUGAGAAAUGCUGUAGAAUUGAACGUUCUGUAAUCAUAAAAAAAAAAAAAUCAGCUUUUUGACAUAGCUGAAUCUGUAAAUGCCAUUGAAAUGAGUUUGAGACAGUGGUUGACAUUUCACAAGAUGCAUAAGAGCAACUGCAGUAGGGCUGGGUGGUCCGAUAGCAUAUAUUUGCAUGGCUAUAAAAUAGUAACUACUUUUCCCAUGCUGUCAAAAUUGGCUUAUCUGAUCAGAAAUGUUUCUGGUUGAAUAUUACUGUUUUAAGUCUUUUUGUUCCUGUCUUACAGAAUGUUACAUUUUCCCAUUUGAUGCUAGAUGGGUGUGUAUGUAUUUACAAAAUUUUUGGUAUAGAUUUGGGUUGGUACGAUUUUUUUUUGGUGCCACUUUACAAUAUGGUUUCACUUGUUAACAUUAGUUAACUACAUUAGUUAUCAUGAACUAACAAUGAACAAUACUUCUACAGCAUUUAUUAAUCUCAGUUAAUGUUAUUUUCUACAUAUACAAAUACAUUAUUAAAACCAAACGUUGUAUAUGUUAACAUUAGUUGAUGCUCUGUGAACAUGAACAUUUUUAUGAACUAACAUUAACAAAGAUUAAUAAAUGCUGAAGAUUAAUAUAUUGCUCAUUAUAACUAAUGUUAACUAAUGAGACCUUGUUGUAAAGUGUUGCCAAUUUUUUAAUGUUUAAAGUCUUUUAUACUCACCAAGGCUGUAUUUAUUUGAUCCAAAAUACAGUUAAAACAGUAAUAUUAUGACAUUAUUACAAGUUAAGAAUAACUGUUUUCUAUUUGAGUAUAUUUUAAACUGCAAUUUAUUUCUGUUAUGUCAUUGUAAUAUGCCGAGUUGUUGCUCAAGAAAAAAGUAUUUUUAUUAUGAUUGUUGAAAAUAGUUGUUCUGCUUAAUAAAAGAACAGCAUUUAUUUGUGUAACAUUAUAAUUUAAUGCAAUGUUAGUGAAUAAAAAUAUUAAUUUCUUAAAAAAAAAAAUCUUACUGACCCCAAAUUUGAUUUGUAUUUCAUAUAUAUAUAUAUAUAUAUAUAUAUAUAUAUGCACAUGCAUACAUACAUGCACAACUUUUUGGGAUUUCCAACUAAUAAAUAUAUUGUUAAAUAUUAUUAUACACUGAGAUACAAGAUUUUAUUUAUACCGCCCAUCCCUAAAAUGCAGUAAUGAAACCAAAUAAAAACAACAACAAACCAAUAAGACAAAAAAAUCUGAACUUCAAGCUCAUGCUGCCAUGGAAGCUUGGGAUAUUUUAUGAAGCGUUUUGUUUGAGGCAUUGGUGAAAAAACGCAGAAUAGCACUGCACGUCAGCAAUGCUCUUGCAGAGGAAAAGAGAUGCUGCUGGGGCUCCAUUACUGAUAUUUGUUGUUGGCAGUGUCGAUUAUGAGAUUUCUAUAUCCUCGCCUCUCCUCUGUACAGCCGUUCGCAGACUCUCAUGUUAACCUAUGCAAUCCUAAUGCUUCAUCUUGUAGUUCUCAGUAGAGGUCUUUGCCCCGCGGGUAGUGUUUGACUUGUGUUGUUGUGCAAAAAUCAAAGAUUCCUUUUAUGUGCUGUUUUUGUUCAGAGAAAAACAAUAUUUAUGACCAUGUUUAUCCCCAGAGUUGGAACCUCAUUGGUCUCUGUAGCAAACACCCUCAGCCCAGUGUUAGAACAGUGAUGGGUUCAUGUGCACCUUCUAUUUUUGUGAAAACCAAUAAACAAAGAAAGGGGUGUUAAAUAAACAUGUAAAUGUGAAUGUAAA